UUUUAUUUAUGUUUGUAGAUUUAAAUACUUAUUGCAUAAAUAAACAAAAAAAAUGUUAGAGACUAGAGACGCAAGCAUUAUUGAAGCUAGAUCAAAGUUGGAUGCACUCUUAAAUGAAAUGGCUAACAAAAAUACAGGGUUUAGUUUAUCUGCAGAUGAUUAUGUUGAGAAUAAAAGUGAUGUUUGGGCUUCAACACCUUCAAAAAGGAAUAACUUACCAAGGACCCCAAGGCGAAAAAAGAAAAAAGACACAUGCGACGAAGAUUACAGCAUCAAUGAUUCUAAUCAAACAAGUUAUGUUAUAAAAAUAUUUGAUCGCCAUGUUGAUUUGGCUAAGUUCAAUGAAAACACUCCAAUUUAUGUAAUGAUGAGAGAUUGGAUGAAAAAUAAUGCAAAUGAUUCAUCAGAAAACAUUCGAAACUUGAUGAAUACUAAUUUCCCUGAUAAAGAUGUUGAAGAUGAUAAGAACAUUUAUGUGUUACCUUCUGCUAAACAAGAAGCCCCUCUAUAUCCCAGAUCAGUUUCACCCUCUAUACAAACAACAUUUGUGGAAAAUAUUUUAAAUGUUGAAGAAGAUAUUGAUAAACUACGUAAAGAAAAUAUGUUAAGAUGGAGAAAUGAAAAAAACAGAUGGAGAGAGUAUUCGUUACAGACGCAACAGUGCAAUCUUGAAAGCUUAGUGAUAUUGAAAAAUGCGUUUACUCCUCAACUUUCUUAAUCGAUAUACGUAUUUAGUUUUGAAAUUAAUUAGAAUCUUCCAAUACCACAGUAUAAAAAUACCACAGUAUAAAAAAAAGAAAAAUUUUAAAUAAAUUUAAUCUUUAAA